CAACCCUGCUAUAUGUUAUUAUAAUUCUUAUUUACGUUUAUUACUGUGUGGUAGGAUGAAAUAGCAAGAGCGCUUUGUAAAUAUUCUGUGUUUUGACGGUAAAAGAGAACGAAAACAUGGACAGUCUUAUUUUUUCGUGCCUUUUUACUAUGACAAUUUCUCUUGUUUGUCACCUAACUCAAUACUGACACUUCGUGGUGUAUAGCUAGAAAAUUGGGAUGUUUAUGUUUCUUAUUUAUAUUUAGUUUAUUAUUCAAUUCUAGGUCACUGUAGUCAGUGUAGGGGUUUAUUAAUUUCGGCUUGGCUACGAACUUAUUUACAGAAACACAGUUAAAAUAAUAAAAACGUUAUAUUGGCUCAAAUGUUUCUGUAGUACAAUUCAAAACAGUUAAAAAGUGAGCAGGUCUUUAAGAAGAUGUCGAACCCGUUUCUCGACGACUCUUCUGAAAGCUUAGAAACACAUAACGUUGAAACUGCCAACGAAAUAUCAAUCGAUGAUAUUGCCCAAGCACUUUUAAAGCGGAAUUUGAUUCUCACUGCUUUGGAAUUCUACACGGAGAUUCAGGAGAAAGGAAAAGAUCAGACAAGAUUACGGAAUUAUUUUUCGAAUCCCAGCAACUUUGAGCAGCAGAUAACAACAAAAGAUUCUUCAGGUUCAGAGAGAACUGCAAGUUGUAGCACGUUUGAUUCACUGGAUUUGGCUCGUUUUUCGGAUGAUGGGGCUCAAAUAGUGGAUGAAAAAGUUGCAGUUUUAGAAUUUGAGCUGCGUAAAGCAAAAGAUACGAUCAAAUCAUUGAGAGCAAAUCUAACACAGACAGCAGAGCAAGAAGCUGCAUGUUUACAUAACAAUGUUGAGAAGCCAACCAAUGGAGGAACUCAAACAUUGGGAAAAUCUGAUACAACGGACACGAUUAAACCGCUUGAAUUACGAGCAAUCAACCACCUUGUGAAUGAAUAUCUACUUAACCAAGGAUACCGGUUGUCUUCCAUCACAUUUGCAGAUGAAAAUGAUGAUCAGGAUUUUGAAGACUGGCAUGACGUUGGACUUAACACGUCCAAACCACCUGACUUACUUCAUCUGUACAGAGAUUACGACAACCAUGUUAUACCUAAACGCACAUCAUGUGAUGUUUACACAAUGACAGAGGAAAUUUUGGAUGAAGAUUUUACUGAGGAGAUAUCUUUAGAGAAGAACGAAGAGAAUACUCGUAUUAUGGAAUCUCUUCAAAGCGAUCUACUCCGACUCCAAGAAGAAAACACACAUCUAUUGGCGGAGAUUGAGAAAGUGAAACAGGAAUGUGUGAAAGCUGUGGAAGAAAUUGAAACAAAGCAAAAAGUAAUCCCUGUUACAGUUGAUAUUGUAAACCCGUUGGUCAGUUCUAUACCUACCACUGAGGAACAACAUACAUUAACUAAUAAUAACCAUGAACAAAUGAAUUACAAUCAGAACUCACAGUAUGAUGCUUCUGUCACAAUGGAUUUAAGUCACACAGUCCCUAGUCAGAUGCCAAUCACUUUUUGGGAAGCCCUGGUUUCUAAGACGCAAUCCAAUAUCGAAGAAAGUUGGCUUAAACACGAGGUCAUGAACAUUUGUCGAACUCCAAGUGAAUUGGUUGAUCUUCUGUCACGGUGUCUUCCGCACAUUGUUCCGACUGUCCUUCUCGCUAAACGGGAUCAGCUCGUACCCCUCCUCCUUGGAGCAGCAUCCUUACACUCCGAUCCUUCAGUGAGGAACCAACUUCUUCAUCUUCUCUUCAACUUGAUAAAGAAACCGGAUCCCACGCAGAGGCAGAUGAUAUUGUACGGAUGUAAGGCAUACGCAAAGCACGUGGGUGUACAAAGAUCGGAAGAAGAAUUACUUCCGCAGUUCUGGGAGCAAAUUGGUCAUAAUUUUGCUGAGAGACGACAACUUGUAGCUGAAGCGUGUGGAGCUAUAGCUCCAUUUCUGAGGCCUGAGAUGAGAGGGUCACUAUUGAUGUCAAUAUUACAACAAAUGCAACAAGAGGAACGUUUAUGUGAUGUUCGAUGUUCCGUCGUCCGAUCACUUGCCAUUAUCAAUGCUUUCUUAGAUGAUGAAGAUAAACAUAAACAGUCCUUCCAAAUGCUUCACAAGUUUCUUAACGAUAAAGAACCUGAUGUGGUUGAUGCCACAUAUUCUACAUAUCUACCUUCAUAUGCUAUGCUAGCCAUCCAUAGAGGAACACUACAUACACAACUAUGUACUACAUUACUGGAUGACCUAGAAGCUUGUGUUUCAAACCAGUCGCCACCGUCAGACUGUCAUCGUGAAGUGACACCUCUUGUUCUAUCAAUAUCUUUUUUAUUUGCUGCCACUUUACUGCAACAACAGGAUGUAAAAGAUGUUCAAUUAAGUGAAGUACAAGAUUCCCGAAUACCAAGUUUUACACAACAUCUAGUUGAACCAUCCAUGAUUAUUGGCGAUAAACUUAACACUCUGAUUUCUUCAUUUGAUCAACAAACCACAUAUGGAGGUGGGAAUGAUGUUAUAACGUGGAUCAUUAAUCAAUUUUGUCCACGCUUGUUAAAAAUCCUACAAAUGAUGACAACAGUGAACAUGGAGAUUGUGUGUUCGUUGACUAAUCUUACUCAAACUUUUUGUUCAUUGUUUGGAUCCAACUUUACCAACAAUGUGGUAAAGCCAAAGUUCGAGAAAGUAAUGGAAGAAGAUAUAACUACAUUAAACACAGCUUUACUGCCUGCUUAUGCUGCAGGUGUUAUACUGCCUGAUGCCAAAGAAGAAUUGAAUGAGUUUCUUCUCAAUUCCACAAUAAGUUUAUCACAAGCCAAACUAUCUUUAUGUGGCAUGCAAGUAGCACUUACUCUGCUAAGGUCGAUGCCGGCCAAUCAUGAUGUCAUAAUGCAAGUUCUAUGGUCAAGUGUAAUGCAUGAAUCAGCAGAAGUGAGAGAAAGUGCCGCGUCGCUACUCGCUGUGAUGACGUCAUCAGAGAUUGAAACUAGGGUGUUAUCAACUAGAGUUGUUCCAGCACUUAUUACCCUUUCUACCGACACUGAUGUUAAUGUUCGCAUCGCCACCAUUCAUGCUUUCUCAUCUAUUGUCGAGCUACCAUCCGCUCCUCUCGAACUUAUUGAGAGAGUGAUUGUUCAGAUGACGGAGCUUGUGUCCGCCAACGUGGAGUCCGACCUCGCAUCCAUGGAUGGAACUCUUCUAGGGAUGCAUAAAGUCCGGAUGUUGAUUGUUUCAUCUUCUACAAAAGUCGCAGCCACCGCUCAUCCCAAAUUUCGGGACGAAUUCAUACUUCCUCAUCUAGUAGCAAUAGCAGCGAGUAACAACCAACACACUGACUCAAGUAAAAGAUCAGAGAUUGCUACCUUACUGCUUGAAGCAUACACCACUCUCUCAUGCUGCUUCAUUGCAAGCAACUUAUUACAAGGAUCCUUCUUACCUGGGUUGAAGUGUUUGCUCACAGACAUGGAGGCUUUGCAUAAGGAUCGAACUGGUGUUGUUUCUUCACUUAUCAGUGAGGUUGAACAGAAGUUGGAAAGAGGAAGCGUAACAUCAGAUACGAGCCCACAACUAACACACCGCACUUCGAUUGGAAAUCCCCUAAGUGGAGCUGUGCACUUAAGUCAAGCUGUCACUAUUGGAGCAGAAGAUGCCAGAAAGAAGAUUCUAAACACAUGGGGUCAGUUAAAAGCAAAAGGCCCUCCCAGCCCUGUGUUUCAUUGGAAAAAAUAGAGCAGUAUUGGAAAAUUUUCUAAGUUCCUACUUUAUUACCUUGCGCAGUUGUUGAACUAGACGAUUUUUUAUCCAAUUCAAGUGUAACGUGUUUUUGAUGGCUUUUUUUAUAAUAAUCUAUUCUCACUGGUGGUCUUGAUGACUGUUGUUGUGAUAUUACGGUACAUUAUCAUGUUUAUCAUUAUAUUUACACUAAUUCUCACUAUAUAGCAGUGUGUGUGUUUGUAAGUUCAUUUACCAAAUAUUUACCAAUAUGAGUUGUUGUUGUUCCAAUUAGUUUUGUGUUCACCCAGCUGCUGUAGUAAUUAUACGCUUGGAUAUAUUUUCCUAUAUUUUAUGUAGGCUGUUGUAAAAUUGUGAAAAAAUGUCAUUCCUAUUUUGAGCAAAUGCAACUGUGUAAUCUCGCUGCAUUAAUUUAUUAUACUGUGAAUCAAUGUUCAUAAUGCCGUCUUAUUAUCAUCUCACUUUGUACUUUACUGUCUCUAUAUAUUGUCUGAUGACUUGUGAAAGAUGUUUUUGAUGUUAGUUGCACAUUUAAAUUCGGGUUUCUGAUUUUUUUUGUUUCAGGUUACGACAUCAUCACUUUUUCCUGCAAUCAUUUUCCCGUACUAACAUGUGCAGCGUACUUAUAAUAAAAUAUAACAACAAGUCAUUAAA